CCGUUAUAUUGUCGUUGCGCAGAGAUUAUAUAUGCUGAAAAAGAUGAGUAACGACAACAUACUGAACCUGUUAAAGAGUUACAGAAUCCUGCUAUAGAGCGAUAAGGGGAAAAAAUGGCCAUGCAAUCCGUGAGACGGAGAUUCUUCAACAUCGUAAGAGAAUCCGAGAAAAUUAGAUUCCUGAGUACCCAGCAAGUGAUUGAUCGCGAGAGCAAAUAUGGCAGUAGAUACGUUACACCGCUACCGCUUGUUAUCACCCGCGCGGAAGGAGUCUUCAUGUGGGACAUGGAUGGAAAGCGCUACUACGAUUACCUAUCAGGACUCGCGGCUUGUAACCAGGGUCACUGUCACCCGCGUCUGGUAAAAGUAAUGAGGGAACAAGCUGGCAAGUUGACCCAUGCAUCAAGAAUCUAUUAUUCGGAACCUACCGGCGCAUUGGCAGAAUAUCUAACGAAACUCCUGGGAUGGGAUAGAUUUUUACCUAUGAACACAGGUGUCGAAGGUUGUGACACGGCCGUAAAAUUAGCCAGACGCUGGGGAUAUAGAAUGAAAAAGGUGCCCAGCGGCAAAGCUACUGUUGUGUUUGCACAGGGAAAUUUUUGGGGUCGUUCAUUGGCGGCCAUAUCAGCAUCGACGGAUCCAAAUUGCUACAUCGAUUUUGGUCCAUAUAUGCCUCUUUUUGAGAUAGUGCCAUACAAUGAUACAGCCGCUUUAGAACGAAAGUUUCAGGAAAACCCAAAUAUCUGUGGGUUUAUGGUGGAACCCAUACAGGGAGAAGGUGGCAUCGUUGUGCCAUCUGACGGUUAUUUGAAACGUGUGAGAGAAUUAUGCACACAGUACAAUGUUCUAUGGAUCGCUGAUGAAGUGCUGACAGGUUUUGGCAGAACUGGUACGCGUCUAGGUAUUGAUCAUGAUGGUGCUAGGCCGGAUAUUGUUAUUGUAGGAAAAUCACUGUCCGGCGGGAUGUUACCGGUUUCUGGUAUUCUAGCAGAUAAUGAGAUUAUGCUCUGUUUUGAUCUGAAUUCGCAUGGAAGUACCUUUGCUGGGAAUGCACUUGGGAACAAAAUUGCUUUGGAAGCGGUUAAAAUUGUGGAGGAAGAAAAUCUAGCGGAGAACGCGAAAAAGAUGGGAAAAAUUCUGAGAGAAGAACUAGAAAAAAUGCCAAAAGAUAUUGUGGCUGAAAUCCGUGGUCGCGGCCUUCUAGCUGGUAUUGUGUUAAACAAAGAAAUGAAGAUCAAUGAAUGGGAUCUCUCUAUAAAAUUGAAAGAUGCUGGAUUAUUGACAAGAGCUGCGCAAGGUCUUGUCAAAGUUGUAAGAAUAGUACCUCCAUUAACGAUAACGGAGGAACAAUUACGAGAAUCAUUAAACAUUCUCACUACGGUCUUGAAAAGUUGCAAAUAAAAAAUUUUAAAUUUCGCUAAGAUUGUAUGAUAAAUGCAUUUUUUAUGAUAAUGUAGUUUAUCUUUUACCGUAUUUUUCCAAUCCGAUCAUUCCAAAAAGCAUAUUUAAAUAAGAAAGAUAAAAACCGAAUAUUGAAAGAAUGUCUUAGAUAUUGGAAUUAACUCAAAUAAAGAAAUUAGCUAAAAAAACUUAA